AUGUUGUGGCUUCUUGCACUUGCCUUGCUAGGAUACAUCAAGUAUCUUGAUCUUACGCGCGACGUGCCGCCCGAGUAUCUCGAGCAGCAAAGCGUGGUGGACUCUACGCGCCGCCCAAAAGAGCUGGCCGUGUACAAGUCGACCAAACUCGACUACUCCGGUCUUCGGGUCGGGCUCGACCUUCGCUAUGAACUGUACAAGCUUCGCAACGGCAACUUGUGUGAUGUUUGGGAAAUUGCGUUGCGGGUUUUGCGCGAGCGGCCUGACCGCCGUGUUUGCGUUGGGCGCGAAACCAUUCUGCUCGCCCAGUUGAACGGGCACGUUGCGGUGUUGGCGCGCAGGCUUCGGGGCGCGAGCGAGUUGCGUAUUCCGCGCGAGCUUUUCGUUGCCGACCCACUCGUUUUGGCGGUGGUGUUGGCGUGUUUUGUGGAGCGCGUCACAGUGCACGUAGGGGAGAAAAAAGAAGAAAGAGAAGAAAAAGAAAAAGAAAAAGAAAAAGAGGGCGUUUCGGGCGGCAUCGAAAAAGAGCGCCUGGACCAGAGAGGGUGUGUAUUCUUCGACGGGUGUGUGUUUUCUGGCGCAAGAAACGGCGCCGUUCGCGAGCUUUUGCGCGACGCGCGCCCCUCCGACCGUUUCGAAAACGUCUACGCGCCCGAAAAAGACCGCGGCAUCGCCCUCCGAGUCUCAGCACUGCGGGCGCGCGGCGCAGUCUCCACGGCAUUCACCCAGGGCAACCUUGUCGCGGCCGUGGCCAGCUGCAUCAAACAUUUGCCGCCGGCGCAGAUGCUAGGCGCAAACGACAGAGUGGCCAUUGUCCAAGAUACCACUUCGGUCGAGUCUACGGUCAAUGGGUUGGUCAAGGCGUUGGCGGCUUUCGUGUCGCAGAGCGAGCUUUUCUUGGCGCAGGCAACGAGCGACUGUUGGGACUGGCGCCCGACCGUCCUCCUGAUGUCUGCCCCUAAGGCGCGCGCGCUUUUGCAAGAGGCGGCGCCCGCGCUGUUGGUGCAGAAACUUGGCGCGCUCCACCGCCGUGUUUCGUUGUCGCGGCUUCGCUUGGCCCAUGCGGGUCCGCGGCCCCUCCCGCUGGUGCGUCUCUUGUAUGUUCACCAUUCGGUGGACACGGCGCAGUAUUUCGACACCAGGGCCGCUUGCUUGGCUCUUGGAACGCGUGUUGUUCAAGAGUGGGGCUACUUUGUUGCCGCAGGGCCCAUUGUGGUUUCGGACGUGUUUGAUGUGCGCAAAAGGCCCGAUCUACGUGUGCGCGGCUUCGGGGCGGUGGCUCAGUCGGACGAGCUUAAGUUGGUGCACUACGACGGCGCGUCGCCCGGAACGCUCUGUGCGCGCGGCUACAACAUGGGCAAGGCGAAGCAGUUUUUGGAGCGCGUGGGCGAAAACACGCUCGCGCCCGACGAAGAAGGUUUCUACACACUUCCAGUUCAGGCGCGCUGGGGGAGCGACGGUUGCUUGUACAUUAUGGGAUAG